AUGUCACUUGCUGGAAUAAUUAGCAUUGAAGUCGGGGUCCUCGCAACCGCAGAGAAGUGGUUCAAUAUCUUUUCAAAGCAACUCCACCAUAUUCAGAACAUUGCUGAAAGAAUUCAUGGCGCUAAGCUCCAUCAAGGUGAUGAUUGGCAUAUCAAUGAUUCGGUCAAACACUGGACUUAUACCAUAGACGGUAAGUCAGUAACAUGUCAGGAAAUUAUUGAGUCUAUUGAUGAGCAGAACAAAACUAUGGUAUUCAAGCUCUUUGGUGAAGAUAUCGAUAAGCAGUUUAAGGUCUUUAACCUCAUCUUUCAAGCAAUUGAUAAGAAGGAUGGCAGUGCUGCAAUUAAAUGGAGUGUUGAAUAUGAGAGGGUCACUGAAGAUGUUCAUCCCCCAUUCGGCUACAUUGAAUUCUGCAACCAAUCUGUUAAAGAUGUUGAUGCUUAUCUUGUCAAGCCAGAAGAGAUCGUCAAAAAGCUAUAA